AUGGAGAAAAAAAACCCUAACAUGAAUUCAGAAGAUCUUGGAGUGAAGCAAUUCCGAUGCGUGUACAAGUUGUGGAAUUGUAUUCAUAAAUUGGGCAGAAAACAAUUUAAGCCGUCAAGAACAAACCCUAAGAAGAUCCUUGAUUCACUUCCCACUCUUCCUUUUGAUCUCAUAACAGAGAUACUCUCUAGGCUACCCGUCAAAACACUUGUCCAAUUCCGAUGCGUCUGCAAGUCCUGGAAUUCACUAAUAUCCGAUAACAAAUUCUCCAGAAAGCACUUUAACCUGUCAACCACGCACGACCUCCACGUCAUAAGCUAUGACGGACCCUUAAACCGUUUUGUUUUAAAGUCUUACCCACUCCAAUCCGUUUUCACAGACCUAACUACCAAUUUCACUCAACUUGGCUUUCCAUAUAACAGUCCUUUUGAACACAAUUUACAUUAUAUUGUUGGCUCUUGUGACGGAAUCCUUUGUCUUGCUGAUUAUCAUAACUCUUUUGUUGUAUUGUGGAAUCCUUCUAUUAGAAAAUUCAAGGAAUUGCCUCCUUUUGAACACCCCGAACUGCCUCCAGCGGUAAAGUAUGGCUUCGGCUAUGAUCACGUUUCUCAUAAUUACAAAGUGGUUGUUGUUUACGACUAUAGUACUCAAGACACUACUAAAAUAAAGGUUUAUACUUUGACUACCAAUUCUUCUUGGAGAAACAUUCAGACAUUACCUUUUCCUUCUGAAUUUGGCUAUGAUCAACCAGGAAUACAUGUAAGGGGUACAAUUAAUUGGUUGGCCUAUACUAAAUGGCCUCUUCCACCUUUUAUUGUUUCUUUUGAUUUAGGCAACGAGUCUUGUCAAAAGAUUUUUCCUCCUCAACAUGGACUCAUCGAUAGGAGGUCCAGAUUGUGUGUCUUGAGGGAUUGCUUGUGCAUAGUUUCUUAUUAUGAUGUUUGGGUAAUGAAAGACUCUUGGACUAGAUUGUUCAAACUUUCUAACUUGCCAGAUCAAUGUGUGUCAUCUUCUUUCUUGACCAAGGCAUUAUAUAUUUUUGAAGACGAUCAAGUGUUGUUGCAGGAGAGAUGGAAAAAGAAGUUGAUCAUUUACGAUUUUAAGAAUCAUACUUUUAAGGUUACUGCUAUGUUUCAAACCCUUCCAGCAAUCUGCACCCAGAGUUUGAUAUCACCUUUAUGCUAG